AUGUCUAACGCAACAGACACUAGCAUUGCUAUUGAUCAACAAGAAAACAUCAAACCUCGAUUACCUCGCAUCUCAAUCGAGUACUGUGUUCAAUGUAGAUGGGUACUUCGUGCGGGAUGGACUGCACAGGAAUUACUGAUUACAUUUGGCAAUAUUAUUGGUGAAAUAGCAUUAAUUCCUGGAUCUAAUGCAGUCUUUAUUGUGCAAGUUAACGGAGAAAUUAUCUGGGAUCGUAAGAAGGAAGGAAGAUUUCCAGAAUUAAAGGAAUUAAAACAACUUAUUAGAAACAGAAUAGCCCCAGAUAUGGAUCUUGGACAUAGUGAUAGAAAAAAGGAUUCUUCUCAAGCUGCAGUUAACAUUUCAACCCGUGUUAUGGGCGUAUCCGAUAAUACCAAAAGCGGUGAUGCUUGCGACAACGAAGGAUGUAGAUGA